AUGUCGGCCACGAGCACUCGAUCAGCAACCCCUUGUGGUUCCGAACCCGACGAGAUAGUCGAUGAAUCUGGUGUUCAGGUGUUUGAGAACGAAUUCAGCCAACCCUCUUCUCUGUCUUCUAGUACUGACGAAGGUCUUGUUCCUGAGACUCCUUCCGGGCCGGAUAACUCAGUGGUGGUGCAGAAGCUCUACGAAACCGAUUGCUGUUGCGGUAGUUGCCCCAGCCGCUUGUCUAAACAUGUCAACGUCGACGAGGAACGGUCCUCUCUCGAAGCGGAAGUCUCCGAAAUCCCUAUCAUCCAGCGCCAUCCCGAUUCUGAUCAGCACGUCACCAACAGCAUCACCGUCAACUGCCCCAGCAUGCGUGACGUACUCGCAAAAGCACUCGAGAACUAUUAUCAAGACCCAGACACACUCACCGCCGAGAACUGGACUUUUAACGCCUCCUUCCAGCCGCUGGUUCACCGCUGGAAGAUUCUCAAUGAAAUUCACGAGUCCAUCCAGGCACUCCUGAGCGACGGCGAUGAUGCGGAUGAGGUCACCGCGAGGAAGAAAGCCUCCAACAACCUCAUCGACUUUCUAAACCCACUAUUGGAGUCCUCCAUUACCUCUUUUGACGAGACGCUCGGGACUGGGCGCGUCAGACAUGAGAACCUGUGGCAAAUCUUCCCACCCGGUGAGCUGGUCGUCACCAAAUUCUUCGGCGUCGAGACGCUGUGUCGUGUUUCCCGGAAGCACAGCUUGAGCUCCGACAGCAGCAACAUGUGGGUCAUGUGCGAGUACGUUGACUGGAAUGGCCAGAUGACCGGGAUGAAGGAGACGUGGGUCACCAUCAAGCACUUCAAGGGAAGACAGAAGGUCAGGAACUUGAGCGUGUACCCACUCUCGAUGGCGGCCGAUCCAGAGGGGAUCAAGGCCAGAAUGCUGGCCAGAGGAAAGAGAUGGGAGGGGCUGAGAGGUUACCGAUAUCAGCAGUACAAGGGGAACAAGAUCGCCUUCAAGGUUGGGGAGGAGGAGGAUGUUCAGCUUAGUGUAUGUGUUCCUGACCUGUGGGACAAGUUUCUAACUGAUUGGACGAUCUUCGAGAACAAACCUGUCCCUGAGCUCGCUUCGUUGGAGAACGAAGAGGAAGUGGCGAAAGAAUCAUCUGUAGAGGAGGAAUCAUCAGGAUCCAAGGACGAGAUGGCCGCUACCAUGGUCAACCUUCAGACUUCGGACCGGGUCGACGACUCCAGCCUUCCGGAGUUGUCCGACGAGCAUCUUCUACUGACCACCCCCUGGCUUAUCGGGUUCGACAUCAAAGCAAAGGACUGGGGGCGUUACUGCAUUGAAAACUUGCGGGAUAUUGAUUGGAACGACAGUGCCUUUGACAACUUGGUGUCCAAGGGAGGUGAGAAGCAGCUUGCCUGGGAGUUCGUGGCGAGCAAGAAGGCGAGCACCCAGGAGUGCGACGACUUUGUGGCUGACAAAGGGCGUGGGAUUACCAUUCUCAUGUUCGGCCCCCCCGGUGUGGGCAAGACAUUUACUGCCGAAGCUGUUGCUGAGCGAGCCCGGGUCCCAUUGUAUCUGGUUUCGGCCGGUGUCUUGAGCACCACUCCUUCCGAGGUCGAAGCAGCUCUUGAUCACGCUCUCAAUCUGUGCCGACUUUGGAAUGCCAUGCUUCUUCUUGAUGAGGCAGACGUCUUCCUAGGUGCUCGAAGCGAUGAAGGCUUGAUUCGUAAUGAGUUGGUGUCCAUCUUCCUCACCAAGCUCGAGUACUAUCAAGGCAUCCUGUUCUUGACCACCAACCGCUUCUCUGCCAUCGACCACGCCUUCCAGUCCCGCGUCGACUUGUUCUUGCCUUAUUACGACCUCGACUCCACGCAGCGCCGGCAGGUUUGGCUCAACUUCUUCAAACACUUUGGAGCUGAGAAGUUUGUGGUUGGCGAAAGCGACCUGGACCGUCUGUGCGAGCUGAAAAUGAACGGCAGAGAGAUCAAGAACUUGUGCAAGACUGCGUUGAUGCUGAGCGGAAGGGAUAACAAUGGAGUUGUGAAGGCGGACAGGUUGCUAAUGCUUGCUCAGAAGCGGACUGCCGCACUUCAGCUGCUGGGUCAGAAGGGGGAUGCGAACAUGGUGGGCAGAUGA